AUGUUUUUCCAAGCAAUUUGUAAUUUAAUUAUAACUAUUCCUAAAGUACAUUUUUCAGUAUUAUUAAAUAAACUAGAAUCUUCUUUUCAUCUUCAACCAAAUGAUUAUGAAAGUAAAUUACUUUUAUAUCAUUCUUUCUUCUUAUCAUUACCUCCUGAAAGUAUUCAUUAUCUUGGAUUUAUUGAUUUUGUUCAUAAGAUAUUACCUAUUUUUAUUAAAAACACAUCUUUACCUUUAUUUGUUUCAUUCUUAUCUGAUAUUGCAAACAUUAAACCUUUUAGAUCACUUUAUUCUAUACAAACUCCAGACGCAUUAAUAUUAUAUCAUGACAUUUGUGAGUCUUUAAUGAAGAUAUUACCUUCUAUUAUCGAAUUAAAUGAAGAUGAGAUGGUGUCAUAUUUAGAAGAUUGUAUCCAAUCAAUUAAUUCUAUUUUAUCAAGUGAUACCAUCCCUUUUGGUGCUUUGUAUGUCUAUAAUGAUCGAACUCAUCAUGUAUUGAUGCAAACAAUUAUUUCUAUCUGCAUUUCACAUAAAUGGGACUUUGUUAGUUUUUAUCCAAAAUAUACUAAACUUAUUUUCACUCUCUUUUGUAAUAUUGGUAUGGUGUCUUGUGAUGACUUUUUUGGUAAUCAUCUUCAUGAAACAUUAUUAUUUUUGUUUAAUGCUUUACAAUCUGGUGAAGAGUCUGCUAUCCCAGUUUUUGAACAAAUCGUUUUAUUCACUUUUAAAAGCCAUCUUCUAAAAUCUGUAAGAAUCAUCACCACUCCUUCAACCGAUCAUUCUUUGUUAUUGUCUCAACAUUUGGAUUUAGUCAAAAACAUCAUCGAAAUUCUCCUUCAAAAUCUACUUAAUGGGAACAUGGAUUUAUAUUGUACUUCUAAAGCCUUAUUACCUUCUCUUCUUCUUUAUCCUAAAAUAUAUCAUCACUUGAAAUCUUCUCUUUUACUCAAAUACUCAAAUUCUCCUGACUUAAAUCUCGCAUUCUGCCAACUCGACGCUUCUAUCUCUUCUUCUUGUGAUGGUGAUGCUUACGAUAACUUCUUUAACGCUUGCCAA